AUGGGCGCCGGCCCUUCGUUCAAGGUGGGUCCAGAGGACCUCAUGGGCCAGGUGGUCCCGUUUCUGAUUGAUGCAGCUCGCCAGGGCACCAAGAAGUAUGUCGUUGACGGCAAGAAGUUUGCUCCGUUCGGGAUGGUUCCCCACCAAGUGAGCCCCGUGAAGGUGUCUGCGUAUCGCCCGACUAAUGAGGAUGUGCCGGACAAGGUCGACCUGCGGAAAUACAUGACGCAUGUGGAGGACCAGGCUCAGACUAACAGCUGCUGCGCGAAUGCUGUGGCGGGUGCCUACGAGUACAUCAACAAGCGUCAUUCAAUGCAAACCGGGGACAGCAUUGCAGAUAUUUCGCGGCUUUUCAUUUACUAUGUCGGGCGCAAGAAGGAUCAGGUGAUAUUCCAUGAGGACACAACGAUUAAGCCGAAGGACGAGGGUAUGACCUUAGGAGGCGCCAUUAGUGCCCUGGAGGUGAAAGGGGCCUGCCUGGAGAAGAACUGGCCAUUCUCAGAGCGCCAUGUCAAUGACACGCCCCACGAUUCCUGCUUUGAUGAGGCUGUCCGCUUCAAGGUCGCCGAGUCCAGGGAAAUCCCUGUCGACUUGGAUGCAAUGAAAGAGUGUCUCGCAGAAGGACAUCCGAUCGUCUUUGGCUUGAAGUUGACUUCCCAGUUCUUCAAGCCUCUCCCGGGUGGUGGCAUCAAGACCCCGGAUCCCUCGGACCCCCAGUCUUCCGAGCACGGCCUGCAUGCGAUGCUUAUCGUGGGCUACAAUGACCGGCAGGAAUGCUUCAUUGUCAGGAACAGCUGGGGAACCUCUUGGGGUGACCGCGGUUAUGCCUACGUCCCUUUUGACUACAUCUGCAACUCGGACUUCAACUUCUUGGGCCAGUACUGCAUCGUUGGCCUUACGGAUGCAGACUUCACGCCCGAUCCCGACGACGGCCGCGACUUCCAUUUCCAGCCCUAUGGUGAUGCAGAGAGUGUUGCCUAUGAAGAGUAUGAGUCGGAGGAAGAGGAGGAUGUCCCAGAUCACUUCGAUACUGAGAAACAGUUUGACAACAGGCACAAUGCAGAGCAAAUCUUCAAAAUGUUCGAUCGUGACGGGAGCGGUAAGAUUGAUCAGAGCGAGCUCUUCACCUGCUUCCUAUUCAGCGGCAUCAAAAUGUCGCCGUUCGAAGUCCCCAAGCUGCUGGCUGAGCACGAUUUGGAUGGAGGCGGCGGUCUCGACUUUGACGAGUUCUACACGCUCUUACAAUCCCAGCAGGGAAAGUUAGGUGCUCUCUGCGGCUUUGCCUGA